AUGGCCGAUUCCGAUGAAGAGUAUGCUGGGGAAGCCUCCGAGGAUGAGGUAGAUGGCAGUCAGAUCUCAUCUCGAGGCGGAGCCGCUAAACCGCCGCGUUCGAAAAGAAAGAAAAAUCGCGGAGGCGCCGAAUGGGAGGUCUCAAGGACUUGGGAGAGCUUGGUCGAAGGCGCAGAUGGCACGAUCAACUCUACAGUAGAGGGCCUACUUGAAGCUGGGAAAAGGAAGAGACUUCUACGGGACACCACACCACUACAACGAGGCAUUAUCCGCCAUCUUAUCCUUGUUCUCGACUUGUCACACUCAAUGGCAGAAAAGGAUCUACGGCCAACGCGAUAUCUCCUAUCCCUGCGCUAUGCCCAAGAGUUCGUCAGAGAAUUCUUUGAACAGAAUCCAAUCUCCCAGUUGGGUGUACUUGGCCUGAGGGAUGGUCUCGCAGUACGGGUUAGUGAUAUGAGUGGAAAUCCUACUGAACAGAUCAGUGCAAUUCAAGCCCUACGAGAGCAUGAUCCGAAAGGUCUUCCUAGCUUGCAGAAUGGGCUUGAAAUGGCUCGAGGUGCUCUCUUUCACACUCCCACUCACGGUACCCGUGAAGUCUUGAUCAUCUUUGGUUCCUUGCUCUCCUCUGAUCCAGGUGAUAUUCACCAUACCAUAGCAACUCUGGUUAGCGAAAAAAUUCGUGUUGGCAUCGUGGGCCUUGCUGCUCAAGUAGCCAUUUGCCGCGAGCUUUGCUCUAAGACAAAUCAUGGCGACGAUACCACGUACGGCGUAGCUCUUAACGAGCAGCACUUUCGUGAAUUGGUAAUGGGUGUCACAACCCCUCCGGCCACGUUUUCUCAAAGGCAGUCCGCAAGCUCCCUCCUGAUGAUGGGAUUUCCGUCCCGUUCUGUCGAAGCCCACCCUUCUCUUUGCGCGUGCCAUUCGAAUCCUUCUUGUGGGGGCUAUUCCUGCUCUCGAUGCAAUAGCAAGGUUUGCGGCCUUCCUGCCGAAUGCCCUUCAUGCAGUCUGACACUAAUCCUUUCCACGCAUCUCGCUCGGUCUUAUCAUCAUCUUUUCCCAUUGAUGAAUUGGGUCGAAGUUCCAUGGGCGCGAGCCUCGCGUAGCCUGGCCUGCUUUGCUUGUGGUAUAACUUUCCCUCCAGUGCCCCCUAGAGAUCAAUGGCAGGCCGCAGAUGUACAGUCUAGAGGGAUGAGCGUAAGCAGUCGCUAUGAAUGCACCGUGUGCCGUAACAAUUUCUGCAUUGAUUGUGACCUUUUUGCUCACGAAGUUGUCCACAAUUGCCCUGGCUGUCAAAGCGAGACCACAUCUUCUACAACGCCUGGACUGGUUCAGGUAGCUGACAGAAUGGAUACAUCGGCAUAA